GCUAAAACGCAGCUCCGAUUUGUUUUGUUUACAGCGGCCGUUUUGCAGCAUACGUUGCUUGGGAUCUUGGGCAUUCGAGCGUGGCAAUGCUCAAACAACAUGAACACUAAGCAACAGACUCUACAUCUAAUCUAGCUGCCCUGAUCCCUUUUUUUUCAGGCAAGAAAGCCAUCUGUUCUCUUUCCAAAUAAUCCGAAAUAAAAGCCGGUUGCUAAUCUCUUCUAACACGACAAGAAGGGGCAGAACAGGGUUGAAUCCCCCAAUACAUGCCUGUCCCCUGCCCCCAACCAAAUAGCACCGCACAGUGACGCCACGGGCGCAGUCGCCCAAUCAAACGUAGCUUGGUACUUACGUCUCCUUCCUUUUUUUUUACGAGGAACGCAGAGGCGUUGCGUCUCAUGGAGCCAACGUGCCCCUAAUAGACGCCAGGUCAUGUGAUCGUCGCCUUGUCGAUAGGACGGUCCUGCAAAGCUGUGUGCAAUCGCGAGCUUCCGCAAAGAGUGCUCUAACGCGAUCCUGUGUAUGCCAUCGUGGGAAACACAAUGAGGGCUCCAAUCUAUUGCAUGAGCAAAUCCGGGCUUGGGAGGUUACCAUUGGCGGUAACCACGCCCAGAUGGUGCUGUAGAGCUUCUAUUAGAGGUUCUAGAGAUCGUCUUAUAGCGGCACCCAUGCGGUUUCAUGCGAUGCAGUCGACUGAUGCCACAAAAAGCUCAAAUGCAGGCUCCGAACCCUCAGAGUCUGAAAGCUCUGCAUCAGCAUCUAACGUGGGCGCAAAGAGAAAGCCAACACGUGCUACAACAGCCCAAACCUCUCUGCGCCGCGUCGCCAUCAUCGCGCAGCAUCCCAAAAGGAGCCCUGACGGCAACCGAAAGUAUGGCCCAGCUAGCCUUGAUGCCGAUCCCAACAUGGUCAUAAGCGCCACUUGCGUUGCUGAAGCCUUUGAUAUGGCCAUGGUCUUGGAGAUCCUGUCCUCUCAUGGAUUCCAGAUCGACCCAGACAGCACAGGCUUCGAUGCUGACGAGGUCAUCCAUGCCCGAGCUGUGAACGGUGGCGAUAUAUUUGUCUUCCCUUCUGGUGCCAUAGUCACUUGGUCGUUACCUGCCGAUAUCGUGACGAAACAGCUCCUCAGAGCAGCUCAAGACGCCUAUCCUCCAGAGCAGAGGGAGGUCGAAGACCUUGACUUUAUCAAUGACAACUCCCGCGAUAGCAGCACCAUGAAGGGCGAUGUGGUGGUAAUUGGCACGCAGCACGAAUCCGAUCACGGUGUCAAGCUCGACACAACGCUCGCCAAGAUUGCCUUUUCAUCAGGAUUGGCGAGAAGCACCAAGCUUGCUGUCCUGGAAUCGGCUCUGACGUCGUACUUUGAGAGCACACGCAAUAUCCCUGGUCAGCUUUCACGCGGCACUGGCAUCCCUCUUGGACGCCGCUUCAUCCUUAAAAAGACUGGCGAGCUGCUUAGCCUCCGUGCUCGGCUGAACCACUACUCGGAGCUUACCGAUGCGCUCCCUGAUAUCUUCUGGGAUAGCCGAUCCGAACUCGGCCUUGAGGGCUACUAUGAACAAGUCGGACGUGCCCUCGAUGUCAACGUACGCAUUCGCGCCCUCAACCAAAAAAUGGAUUAUGCCCAAGAGAUCGCGACUGUGUUGCGAGAAAUGUCCAGCGAGCAGCAUGGGACUCGGUUAGAACUCAUUAUUAUUCUCUUGAUUGCGGUGGAGGUAAUUUUUGAAGUCAGGCGGAUUGUUCUGGAAUGGAGAGAAGAUCAAGCAGCGGCGUCAGCAUGAGUAUUGUCGAUGGGCUCGAUUUUUGGGCACUUGUGUAAUUUUAACUCAACUUUAUGAUACCCCUCCUCUUAUUUACAUGUACAUAUAUAUAUAACAAGCACUCGGCAUACAAUAUCGUCU